AUGGCGACCGUGACGCUCGAAGGCAAAGCACGUGAAGCAAUUCCAACCGAACGUAAUUAUGUUAGACAAAUAAAAGAUGCGUUGAGAAACAGAAUAAAACCAGACAACUCGAAAGUUGUAGCUGGGAAAAUUGCAUCUUUACAUGUCACAAAUAACAAUUAUACGGAAUUUGCUAAGUGUGUCGAGGAGCUUUCGGAUGCAUUAGAGCGUCCUUUGAUCAUUGAAGGUAUGACACAAUCUAAGGCCCAUGAAAUGGCAGUCGAGCAAACAGUUAACGUUUGUAGACUUAAUAGUCGGUCGGAUUUGGUCAAAUCAAUAUUAUCGUCAACUACCUUCAGUGAUUCAAAAGACGUAGUGGCAAAAAUGAUAGUCGAACAAAAUAAUCAAGUGAAAGAGCGUCAAGUGUUGGCGUUUCGAUCCCGAGUAAAUAGGCCAGAUAUUUUAGAGGUAGCUUCAGAGUUCAAAACAAACUUCCGCAUUACGCGCGACAGUGCAGAAUAUCUCGUCGCAAGGUAUUCCUCUAGCAGAUGGUAUGUAAAAAGGAGCUACAAGGAAGGCAGACUGCAAUCUACAGCGGAAACUCAUAUGCUUUCUUUUUUGUGGUUUAGCGCUAACAAAACGACGUUCAGAGAAGUAGCAAACCUUUUUGGCGUGACGUUGUCGAACAUUAAUUUAACCUUCAAUAAAGUUUUGAGUUUCUUAGUGGAAGCUGUGGCGCCAGAGUCAAUAAAAUUUCCAAAGGAAGGUGUUGAGAAAGAAGCUGUUGCGAGGGAAUUUGAAAAGAUUGCUGGGUUCCCAAACGUUUUGGGCUGCAUAGAUGGUAGCUACAUUUCCAUUAGAAAGCCUAAGAAUAAAAUACGUUCAACCUACACAAAUAGACAUGAUUGUGCAUCAAUAACGUUGCAAGGAAUUUGCGAUGCAAAGCUACGUUUUCUGGACGUAUAUACAGGCAUUCCUAGCAAAAUUCAUAAUUCGCGGGUUUUAAAAUUAUCGUUUUCGCGAGCUAAUGCGUCUCGAUUUUCACAAUGUGGAAGUCAUGGCCAAAUUUAUUAUAGCUUGUUGUGCUCUUCAUAA